UAGUGUGUGGUUUGGUCAACAUAUUUCAGCCACGUUAUUGUGACUCCUCGUCUGUAUCUGAUUCAGGUUAUCUGCACAUACAUCGAUACCAAGAUCAUAUGGAAACUGUAGAUUAUGGUAAAGUUUGGUAUGUUGGUGGUCUGCCACUUCUGGCAAAAGUCAAAACCUAUUGCAUAUAACUUACCCUAUAACAAAACAAACAAGAUAUUAGAAAUUCUUCAAAUGUAUUAGCUUUACACGUGUAACUAUAGUAGAUAUCUUAAAGAAAUAAUAGGUAUAAAAAUUUUGGACUUGUUAAAUCCAGCUGUUUAUGAAGGAUUAAGGCAGGACUUGCUGUGUGCACCUUGGGCAACAGUUACCUCUGAAGAUGGAGGCAUCUUGCCCAUUAUUUAUCAUUUGUAAUUUAUAUGAACUAUUAUCCUUGAAUUGUAGGAUAUCUUUUUAAGACCUUUCACUCCAUAAAGUGGUAAUGCCUGCUUCAUGAUAAGAAAUUGUUCACAGCAAUAGGCAAGUUUAGAAAAUACAUCAAAACAAUAUUUUAAGCAUCCUUAAGCAUCCAUUAUUUUUCUUAUUAAGUUAUUACUUAUUAUUUUUCCUAGAAACUUUCCUUAUUAAGACUAUUCGUAGCCCAGUUGAUAGAGCUUGAGCUUCCCGAGCCCGAGCCUUUGGGAGCCGAGCCCCUGUUACCUAGCAGUAAAAUAGGUACCUGGGUGUUGGUCAGCUGUCACGGGCUGCUUCCUGGGGGUGGAGGCCUGGUCGAGGACCGGGCCGCGGGGGACACUAAAAAGCCCCGAAAUCAUCUCAAGAUAACAAGGAUCCUGUAAUGUUCAGCCAGAUAUCCGAGUUUUAGAACUGGAGUUUGGGCCUGGUUGCUGCUGGUGCUGUUUGGUGGUAGUUGAUGAACAAGUCACCUGAUGCAAUUGACGAAGGUAAAACAGGUCAUCGUGUCAAACUAAAGGACGGAAUGGGAGGUUGGGAGGCAAAACUGCUGGGGACACAGAAGUGCUCCCGACUCCUCGUCUUUACGCCUCAGCCAAAGGAUAGUGGUGGCCUAAUAAUGUAUGACCUCACAGUAGAACGAGUCAGACAGAAAGGCGGGGACCAAUCGGGAAGGAAUACACCACAAGUAGAUAAUCAGCAAGCACUUAAAGAAGAAAGCUCGGUUGCAUCUGGAAAUUUUGAAUCGUUGCCUGAAGAUACGAAAGAACACGCAAAAACUGAUGUGGGCUCUUCAAGCAAGGCAUCUCUCGUCUCCCGUAUGGCACGGGUGGGUCAUCCUCUGCUCCCAACUAGACACAGUAAUAGUUGUUCACAACCCACUGAUUCAGAAAGUGAAGUGGAAGAGAUUUCAAGACGGAAAAAUGCAAGGCAUAAUAGUGGCUCAAUGUCUGGAUCAACAGAGGAGUUAGCGGCAACCCCUGCCAUCAGAUCAAGGGCUCAGUCAGCUCGCUCUGAAACUUCGAGACCAGAGCCGGCCCCUCGACCUCCUCAUCUUUCUCCACACCCACAGCAACUGGUGGUUUAUCAACAAGCUCCUUGGCAACACGCUGGCAUUGUGGGUUCAGGAUACUCGACAAUGCCGGUGUCUGGUGCCGUAGGGUCUCAUGCUGUGGCUCCACAACACGCUGCUCCAGUCUCUGACCCAACCCUCUCCCUCUUGUUUUCCGAGACAAGAUCACAGAAUACUGAACUCAAAAUAUCGGUGUCCAAGAUGUCGGAUAAGAUUGAUAGCCUAAUGAGUAAGAUUGAGAAACUGGAGCAGCAGCAGCAACAAUCAGGUGGUUCCUUUGGCCACUCAAGUAUUGUACCUUCAAGAAUGAUUCACCAAUAUAAAGAGUUGCCCCUGCAUUACGCAGCUGUCAAUUCUGACCCUCAUGGACUUUUGGCACAAAUCUCUACCAUAGUCAGUGAAAACGAUGAGAUGAAAUCUAAACUAGAGGAUAAGGAGAAAACAAUUGCGUUGCUUAACACUUCUGUGACCCAACUGCUGCAGAAGAAUCAAAAACUUUUAGAAGACAAGACCGACAUGUUAGUAGCAAGGCAACAAGAAGCACAGGACGCAGUGUCGAGCGUGAGCGUAGCGGAAGUGCAGAGUCUGAGGGACGAGAAAGCUGCAAUUACCGCUCAAUUGUCAGUUGCCCAGCACCAGUGUACCUCGUUACAGGAUGAAUUAUCUCAAGCCAAGAAAAGUGUGGAAACUCAACAGCGUGAUAUUCAAGACCUGAAAACACAGAUCCAAGUUGAGCACGCAAGAAGACUACAAGUUGAUGCACCACACCAGGAGCAGUUACUUAAGGAAAAGGGAAAACUUGAAGAAAAAAUACAAGCUCUGCAGAGGGAGAAGAACAACAUGAAAAGUAUACUGGAUACAACUGUAGAAAGUAAACAAACGUUACAACAGGAGUUAUCAGGUAUGGUCAACAAGAAAAUAGCAGCGGAGGAACACCUACAAAUUAUUCAGACUGAAUGUGAAAGACUUAAGAAGCAGACUGAAGCCACAGAAUCCAGACUUCGGUCAUUAACACAGCAGAUGGAAGAGGAAAAAGCACGGACAGAGAGAAGUGGUGAAUUGCACUCUGAAAGCCAGCAUAAGGAGACACUUGAACUUCAACAAUCCAGAAUUAGCCAGCUGGAGCAAGAAGUUCUACAGUUACGUUCCCAUUGCUCUAAGGUAGAGGAAGAGAAGGCUCAGAACAUUAGCAAGCAUGAGAUACAGUUAAAGAAACUAGUAGCCGAGAAGACGUUGGCGGAGGAGGUAGCGCGGAGCUUGGAGAAGGCAGCGAGAAACCAGUCGAGCAACAAUAGUAGUAGUCCUGAAGAAGUUGUAGAGAGGGUGAAGAAAGUGAUGAAUACUGUAUAUCGCACACUCAAGGCACAGUUUAUCUCAGAGAAGAUGUACUUAGGCUCUGAGGUCCUGUACACCUUGCUCAGUGUUAUAAGGGACACGACUCUGCAACUAAUAGACGAUCUUAACAGGACAAAUUCCACUGCAGAAAGUUCACCAUCUGCACAAGGUCUUAUGGGUACUGAAUUAGAAAGAGCUUCAGUUAUCAAAGAGAAAUCCAAUCCGAAUAAUCCGGUGAAGCCAAGUGGAACUUUAGAUCAGGUGAAGAGUAAUAAAAAAUAUGUAAUCAAUCAAAAAAUGGAUAAUGAAGAAUCAAAAUGUGUGGAGACAAAGGAAAAUGUCGAUAAAGAAGAAAAGCCUCCGUCUUCUAAGGAUCCAGGUGAGAGCAGAGGGCAUAAAUGUAAAGUUGGUGUAGACAGCAUUAUAGACAACUCGUUUAGUGAUUCAGCGAGCCAAAAUGAGGACACCCUUUCCUUACCUAAGUCCACAACCCCCAGUCUUGAUGAUUGUUCUCCUCAAAUGUUAGUCAAUAAUUGUGAUAGUUGUAAUAUUAAUGAUUGCCAAGCAUUGAAUCCUUCCAAUAGAUUAGGAAAAGAACAGCAGGAAGAUGGGGUUGAUGGAGUCUUCCAAGAUAAAGAAAAUGAAGAAUCUGUGAAAUCUAUAGAAGACAAAAGUAAAGAACUAAGAAUUCCUGUUAUUGAUAUGGAUAAUACAGAAGUAAAGAAAGUUUCUGAAAAGUGCGACAGUUCAAGGGAUUCCUCUUUAGAGAGGGACUGGCGGCCACGACCUCCAACACCACCUCUGUUUGGUGAUGACCAGGAAGAUGACGACGACUGGCUCUCUUGAUUUUAGGAUUGAUAUUAACUCCAAGAUUCUCCUAUGUUUCUGGCUUCAGAGACCACAAUAAAUGUAUCUUGGACAGCUGAUUGAAAGGACACUUACACCUUUUGAAAUGGGAUUCACAGUCAAAUAUUUAGAGAGGAUGUAAAAUUUCAACAAAAGUAAGAUAAACCUAGAAUGUUGAGAGAGGUAUAUAGGGUAUACAUCAUAUUUAGACUUGUGUUACAAAGAAGGAAAUUUAUAUUUUAAUAACGUUAUAAUUUUUAAGUUCCGUACAAUGUACUUUGCAGGUCACAUAUUGAAAAUAUUAUUCAGUAAAGUGUGUGUGAUUAUAAGAGACAUAGUUGCGUACAACAUUUUAACAAGCGGCAGAUGGUAAGUGGGUGUUCCUGCUGGCACCUGCAUUGCUUCUCCACAAUUUCAAACAAUCCCAUGGUAUGAAUUCACGUUGAUUUUGCUUUACAAUCAAUAUGAAUUAAACCCACAUCAAAUAAGCAAUUUGUUAUGUGCAUUAAGGUUGUUAGAGAAGAAUCGUUUAUUAGAGAUCUGGAUUUAGAUAGCUUUCAUUUACUGUACAGUACUGUACUUUGAUAGGUAGGUUGUGAAGACUAAAGAAUACUGAUCCAUGUUUGUUUAACUGUAGCCUUUUAAUUUUCGUGUGAAACUGAAAGGCAGUGUACAUGUAAUGUGAUUUGUUAAUAUAAAAGUACAGACUUAUCCUUGUGAUAAUGUAUGCAGUACAUAUUUUGGUGAAGUCAAGUGUAUUAUAUUUGUAGAAUAUAACUGUUAGUGGUUGACUGGUAGCUUCUCAACAGUGGUUCGUGAAAUUUAUUCAGUUACAGCGGUUUAUGUAUUUUUUCACUAGAGCUCAUAAGAGCAGUUUUGGUGAAUUUAUAAUUGCAGGAAUUGUAUUUUUUUUUUGUAUUAGAUUUGUAUGAUACAUUCCUCAGUGUUAUAGAAUAUUAAGUCUGCUCAAUUUUCCUGUUUUUCUAUGAUUUCUAAAAGAAGUGAUAUUUUGAGUCUCGUUCAGUUUUUUUUUUUCUUUUUUUUCAGCAAAUGAUGUAUUGGCAAUUGGAUUAUUGAAUUCCACAAUUAGUGGAAUUGUUUAAAUAUCUGCAUUAAUUAGUGCUUUGAUCUUUGAAUACUGUACGUUUAUCUUGAGGACAUACUGUGACUGUACCAGUUAAUGAUGACUGUGCGUGAACUUCUUAUUGAUGUUUGUGUUUGUUUGCACAUUGUAUUGAUAGGCCUAGAAACAAUAUUACAAGUUUACAAACAAAUGUGAUUUACUUCCAGUUUUGACUUCAUAAUACUGCAAAUGCAUGUUGUUACUUCUCUGAUACAAAGUCAGAUAUAAGACGACAAUAUCUUAUUAGAUAGAUUAUAUGAUUAUCAUACAAAAUUUUAGUAUUUUAUUAAUGCAGUAGCUGUGUGUUGAUUUAUAGUAAUACAGUAUUUCAGGGUUCUCUCCUGCUCUAUUUAAUUUAGCAUAUGUGUCAAUAUGUUUCCAUUUUACCAAUACGUAUUAAAUUUUGUACCAGAAUCAUUAAAGAUGAGUUUCACACUUUUUAAUUAAAGAGCAUUAGCUUAGCAAUUAUGUUGGGUGCACUUUUUAAACCUUUAAUGGCUUGAAAUUAAACAUGGCCAAAAAUACCUUGUACUGGUGUGUACACGGUAGACGUGUUGUCCAGCUAGGGCACAAAUAACGGUUGAUAACAAAUGUUGCAAUGUUUGUUAAAUUGCAUAAUGAGAGGUAAUGGCUUCAUACAUUAUCCCAAUUGACUGCAAUCCAUAUUGUUAAAGUAUGUUUAAUAAAAGAAUAGAACAAAGUCA